AUGCGGCCGGUCGACGUCACGCCAGUCACAGCUGCUCGACUACUGUCCACUGUUUACAAGCGCGUGAAGAUCGCCGCGCCAGCGAAAUUCCGUGCAGGUGAUACGGUGCGCGUGAGCAAGUAUAAAACCGUCUUCGCGAAGGGCUAUACGCCGAAUUGGACCACGGAGGUGUUUAAGGUAGCGAAAGUACAACGGACCAAUCCCGCGAAGUACUUGUUGGAGAACUAUCGCGUUAAUCCGAUCUCCGGCGGCUUCUACGAGCACGAGUUACUCAGAGCCCGUCAUCCGGACGUUUAUCUCGUGGAAAAGGUGCUGCGGCGAAGAGGAAACGAUGUGUACGUCAAGUGGCUCGGAAUGGACGCGUCGCAUAAUUCUUGGAUCAAUAGGGACAAUGUGCUGUGA